UUGUUCUCUUUCUUUUUUCUUGAAUUAUUUUAUUUUUGUUUUAGAAAAGCAAAAUACCAAAUCCCCAUUUUUUGUACAACCAAUUUUUUUACGCCAAAUACAAUGGAAGACCCUGCCACUCUGCUCUCGAAGCUAACUGUGCAGGAGAAGGCCGACCUCUGCAGUGGUGCUGAUGGGUGGCAUACUCAUGCAGUGAACCGUCUCGGUGUACCACAGCUUUAUUUAACAGAUGGUCCGAACGGACUGCGAUUGUUUUUGGGGGAAGAGAAGGACACUGUGGAUAUUGCGUCUCUGUCGACAACAUGCUUCCCGACCGCUGUUUGUAUGGCGUCCACAUGGAAC